UGCUUCCAAACUGCCCGAAGCUCUGCUUCCACUCCCGUCCUUCCUGAAGUGACUUUUUGCCUUAGAGACAACAUUCCCUUAGACUUCCAGAAGCUAGAGAAGGAAAUGGACUCAGCGUUCAUUGAGGAUGUGGCUGUGGUCUUUAGCCAGGAAGAGUGGGCUUUGCUGGAUCUUGCUCAGAGGGUACUCUACAGAGAUGUGAUGAUGGAAACCUUCAGAAACCUGGCCUCAGUAGUCUCUCGAAACCUUAUUGAAGGAGAAAAGUUAUCCAGUGAACAUAGGAUGGUGCAAUUCAUGAAGAGUAACACCUGGUUCUCCAUGUUAGGAGAAAUCUGUGAAGCACAUGGGAGUAAAGAUCAGCAUAAGGACCAGAGGAGAUAUUUGAGCACGUUGCCCAUUUUUAACAGAAGUCAUACAGUACAGAGCCACAGUGAAAGUAAUGAAGGCCAUCAGUGUGGGAAAACCUACAGCUGGAAUCCAAAGCUUACUGUGUUAAAAAGAAAUCCUCCAGAAAUAAAUGCUUUUGAAUGCUGUGAAUGUGGAAAAGCCUUCAUGUAUCACGCAUCACAUAAGCAUCAUACCAGACCUCACACCGGAUGCAAUGCUUCUCAGUGUAAGAAAAGUGAAGAAGCCUGCAGUUGUCUCUCUCACCUAACUACUCCUAUGAGAACUCUUACUGGAAAGAAACCCCAUAAAUGUAAGGUAUGUGGGAAGGACUUCAUUUGUAUUUCAGCGCUUAAGCAUUCUGUGACAACACUCACUGGUGAGAAACACUAUGAAUGUAAUGAGUGUGGGAAAGGUUUCUGUAGUUUCUCAUCCUUCUGGACACAUGUGAGAGGUCAUAAGCAUGAAUGUAAAGAAUGUUAUAAAACCUGUAGUUGUCCUUUAUCCCUCAGUUUACGUAAAAAAUUUCGUAACAGGGCUAGGCCUUACGGAUGUAAGGAACGUGGGAAAGCCUUUAGUGAGACCACAUCCCUCACUCAAUAUAUAAGGGCUCACAGUGAAGAGAGGCCUUACGAAUGUAAGGAAUGUGGGAAAGCCUUUAGUCAGUCAUCACACCUCGCUGAACAUAUAAGAACUCAUAGUGGAGAGAGGCCUUACAAAUGUAAGGAAUGUGGGAAAGCCUUUAGUCAGUCAUCACACCUCACCACACAUAUAAGAACUCACAAUGGGCAGAGGCCUUAUGAAUGUAAGGAAUGUGGAAAAGCCUUUAGUCAGGCCUCAUCCCUGACUAUACAUAUAAGAACUCACAGUGCAAUUAGGCCUUAUGAGUGUAAGCAAUGUGGGAAGGUCUUUAGGCAAUCUGCAAACCUCACUACACAUAUAAGAAUUCAUCGUGGAGAGAGGCCUUAUGAAUGUAAGGAAUGUGGGAAAGCCUUUAGUCAUUCCUCAAACCUUACUACACAUAUAAGAUCUCAUUGUGGAGAGAGGCCUUAUGAGUGUAAGGAAUGUGGGAAAGCCUUUAGCCAAUCCUCAGCCCUCACUACACAUAUAAGAACUCACAGUGGAGAGAAGCCUUAUGAAUGUAAAGAAUGUGGGAAGACCUUUAGUCAUUCCUCAGCCCUCACUAUACAUAGAAGAACUCACACUGGAGAGAGGCCCUAUGAAUGUAAGCAAUGUGGGAAAGCCUUUAUUCAAGCCUCAUCCCUCACUACACAUAUAAGAACUCACACUGGAGUGAGGCCUUAUGAAUGUAAGCAAUGUGGGAAAGCCUUUAGUCAGGCCCUACACCUCACUCAACAUAAAAGAACACAUAGUGGAGAGAGGCCUUAUGAAUGUAAGCAAUGUGGGAAAGCCUUUAGUCAGGCUUCAUCCCUCACACAACACAUAAGAACUCACAGUGGUGUUAGGCCUUAUGAAUGUAAGGAUUGUGGGAAAACCUUUAGUGAGGCUUCAACCCUCACUAAGCAUAAAAGAACUCACAGUGGACUUAGGCCUUAUGAAUGUAAGCGGUGUGGGAAAGCCUUUAUUCAGGCCUCAUCCCUCACUAAACAUGUAAGAAUUCACAGUGAAGUUAGGCCUUAUGAAUGUCAUGAAUGUGGGAAAGCCUUUAGGAAGUCCUCUUGCCUCACUUCACAUAUACGAACUCACAGUGGGGAGAAGCCCUAUGAAUGUAAUAAAUGUGGGAAAGCCUUUAAUCGUUCCUCAAACCUCAGUUCACACCUAAGAACUCACAGUGGAGAAAAGCCUUAUAUAUGUGAAGAAUGUGGGAAAGCCUUUAGUCGUUCUUCAUACCUCACUUUACAUAUAAAAACUCACAGUGGAGAGAGGCCUUACAAAUGUAAGCAAUGUGGGAAAGCCUUUCGUGAUUCCUCAACCCUCACUACACACAUCAGAACACACAGUGGAGAGAGGCCUUAUAAAUGUAAGCAAUGUUGGAAAGCCUUUAGUUGUUCCUCAAACCUCUCUAGACAUAGACGAACUCACAUUGAAGAGCCUUUAUGAAUGUAAGGAAUGUGGGAAAGCCAUUAGUCUUUCCUCAGACCUCACUACACAUAAAAGAACUCACAGUGCAGAGACUCUUGUCAAAAGUGGGGUGUUUCAUUCUUAUUGCUAUAAUUUUAAACAGCAAAUUUCAAAGAGUGUGCGAUUAAAGAACAAAGUUACUCAUUGAGUAAGAAAGCAGUACUAACGCAAAGAAGAAGUCAUUAGAGCUACUUUUUGCCUUUGGGAGAAAUGACAGUUUCAUUGUAACUGUGGGGCUGUCGUCAAUGUUUGUUGCUUUCUGAGUCCAAGUUAAAUUCCCUUUCUUCAUGUCUUUGGCUAUUACAAAUAAAGCUGCAGGGAAUAGCCUUGAGCAAAUGUGGUUGUAUAUUUUUCUCAUGUUUUGUUGAUGUUAUUUUGCGUACAAUAAAAUAUACUGAUCUCUGAUCUCUAAUUUGGUUUAAGAGAUUUUUUUGUUUCCAUAUUUAUUACACUUCCUUUCAUUCUUUCCUGUUGUAAAGUUAACUCUUUUACCCUUUACAAUUAGUAAGUUUCUCGUUAAAAAAAAAAAAAAUCCCACUCCAUCGAGUCGAUUCCGACUCAUAGUGACUCUAUAGGACAACAUAGAAUUGCCCCAUAGGGUGUCCAAGGAGCAGCUGGUGAAUUCAAACUGCCGACCUUUUGGUUAGCAGCCAAGCUUUUAACCACUGUACCACCAGGGCUCCAAGUUUCUCCUAGGGUGGUGGUUUGUGACUUUGCAAAUAUUCUGUUUGUUAUCGUACUUUGACCUACUAAUUUUAGUCCCCAUUGGUAUUUAUUACCUAUGAUAGUUAUCCCCCACGCAUGUCAGUUUGUCCUUCUCUGGGGGUUGUGUGUUGCUGUGAUGCCAGAAACUAUGCCACUGGUAUUCAAAUACUAGCAGGUCACCCUUGGCAGACAGGUUUCAGCUGAGCUUCCAGACUAAGACAAUUUAGGAAGAAGGACCUGGCAGUCUACUUCUGAAAAAAAUUAGCCAAUGAAAACCUUCCGGAUAGCAGUGGAACAUCGAUAUAGUGCCAGAAGAUGAACCCCUCAGGUUGGAAGACACUCAAAAUAUGAUUUGAGAAUAGCUGCCACCUCAAAGUAGAGUCGACCUUAUUCAUGUGGAUGGAAUCAAGCUUUCAAUUGCCUCAUGUGCAUGCUAAAGCUGGCAAAGUGAAUUAGGAAUACUGGAGAAGAAUUGAUGCCUUUGAGUUGUGGUGUUGGUAAAGAUUAUUGAAUAUAUACCGUGGACUGCCAAAAGAAUGAACAAAUUUGUCUUGGAAGAAGUCCCGACCAGAAUGCUCUUUAGAAGCGAGGAUGAUGAGACUUUUUCUCGCAUAU